CUUUGUACUACGUUUGUUGUCAGUGAGAUUCGCCAUUCGACACAGUCUCGUUCCUUGGUAGCCGUUCGGUUAGGUAAGUAGUGCUCACUACGAGAAGCCUUAAAGUCCCAACAUGAAAUCUAUUGGAAUUUCAAAGUCCCUCGCUCUGGCCUUGCUGAUUUUACUGCCACUUAUAAGUGCCGAUGGCUUUAAAGAUCACCAGUUAAAAUUCGGAUACGACACCGGUGAAUAUCGCCUACUGAAAUGGUUAAACAGAAUAAGGGGAUCAGAUAGGACAACAACUCAAACAGAAUCCCAAUUCGAACCAAUUAAAAUUGAAACUAUAACUCCCGAAAUUCAGUACAACACAUCAAAUUUCACGCAAACUCAAGUGUUUGAUACUCCUCAGUUAGCAAAGGCAACAUAUUCAUCCGUGCCGCAGCCCCUGGAUAAUAAAUCAUCAUCCAAAUCUUCACUUGACUCUGUUGAAGGACCCGAAACAAGGCCGUUAGUGACAUCGGUGUCUUCUCCUUCCUACAGGGAUUAUUUCUAUUUGAAAUGGUUUCACGGCUCACCGAAAGCAACGUACUUUAAUGAAACUGCGCUUCCAGAUGAACCGACAUCUGUUCUUGACAGCAAGGCGGAACACGGCCGCCAUCCAACAGUAGCUCCAUUGCAAACAACGAACCAGGAAUUCAAUGUGGGGAACAUUGACUUUAGUGAUGCGGACUCGGCUUUGCUUCCUGGCGAUUCUCUUCUUGGAAAAGUUUUAGGCAAAAUUAAACAAAUGAUGCCAUUGAAAACACAAAAAUUUGAUAUCGCACCGCUAAAAUUGUACGACGAACCACCGAAACCCCAACUUUUUGCUCGACCGGCAGUGAUUCACAUUCCCCUACCCAGCAAUGAUGUACAACAGAUUCACAGCCAACCUAUUAAAGAAGUUAACCCUGUUCCAGCUCAACCCGUCUAUCAUGAAAUAAGCUCAGCUAUCAAGCAAUCACCAGAACCGACAAUCACUUCAACAACUACUGAAAAUAGCCUGCCAACUACAUCUAGCAGUUUACCGCAGCCAAUUCCGCAAAACGAAGAAAAUAGAACAGCUGAACCGUCUUCUACCCCACUGCUGCCUUCUAAUUCCACCAGUGAACAGCCUGAAACAAAAGAUGAGAUCUCGGAGCGAAUGUCCGGCCCUUUACAGACGAUGUUUUAUUACCCCAAACGACCGACCAACGAUCCCGCACAACUUGAAGAGCCAGCUUAUAGCGCAUUAGAAUUGGCUUUUGGUCCACUGGUUCCAGCAUAUCCAUAGGAAACUUGCAGUUUUCAUCUUCCUUUUUUUAUUAUAUCGUUGUUAUUCUCAUAAUGAUUUGGUUUACUAGCCAAGUUAUAAAUUGAUGUUCCUAUGCUGUCUUUCUAGAAGCAGCUUUUAAUACGCAGGCGAACUGUUUCACAUAACUCGGAAUGCUUUUACCCGAUGCCGAAAAGCAUUUUAUUGAGACACUUGGUUCGUCCCAAUAACCCUUACUAACCGAAUUCAUUUUCACGAAUUUUCCCUAUUGAUCUUUCAAAAUAUCUAACUUAAUAAUUUAAUGCAUAAUAAUACUAUUAUCUCUUUGUUACAUCGUUUUAAUAAUAUCAUCCAAAAUAAAUCGUUAUGCCUGCAGUGGCAGACAUCUGA